CUAAAAUAACCUCAGCGUGAGACAUCACACUUCUGUGAGUAUAUCACGACAUAUGAUUGAAACAUUUUUGAGCUGAGAUUGGUGAAAGAAAGCAGAAAGAAAAUGAAACACUUCUACGUGAUCAUCACAGCUCUGGCAGCAACAGCUCUGGCACAAGGCUCUAUUGAAUGUAAUUUCCAUGAAGCUACUGGAACUCAGCAAUGUUAUGGAGCGGUGGGACAACUGCUGAUUUUUCACCUGCCAAACACUGCAGAUACAGAUGUAAGGUUGAAGAAAGACAAGAAAUAUAUGAUUUUAAAAUCAUACAAAAAUCAGAUAGAGAGUCUACAUGAGGAAUACGCCAAUCACAGCAAUCAGACUGAACUUUACACCAAGGGAAGACUUGAAUUAGGAAAAGCAACAAAGAAACACUCUGGAGACUACAUGUUGCAUGAAUAUACUAUAAAAGGGACUUUAAUAAGAAAAGUAAAUGUGCACGUAGAAAUUGAAGCUCCAGUGUCAAAGCCAGCUGUUUCUCAGACGUGUUCGUCAGAACAGAUCAACAUCAGCUGCUCCUCUGAGGGAGAUGGAGUGGAGUUCCGUCUGACUUUAGACGGAAACUUACUCAUGCAGACAAGAGACAACAGCCAGUUCCUGAACAGCAGUAGAGUUAACAUACAAUCUCUGACAGGGACUAGAACUACACAAGACGAACCCAGUCUUAAACAUGUUACCAUCAGCUUAAAGGGUCAGCUGGCUGGAAGCUUAAUGUGUAUUGUUUGGAACAAUGUCAGCAGAGAAGAAACAGUUAUUCAACUGAAAAUCUGCACAGUGCCCAGUCUGCAAGGUAUUUCCAUCCUUGUUGUGUCUGUGGCCGUUACAGCAAGCUUUUUGGCUGUCCUCCUGGGAUGUAUUUUAAUCAUUCUCCGUAAAAACCAAACACCCUCAGCUGUUAAUGAGGAUGUUACAGGGAACCCUGAAGAGGACGUUAUCUACGCCAAUGUAGGAACAAUACAAAACACAAGGACAACUGAACCCAACUCACAGAUUUCAACAUAAUCUUCUCCUAAAGAAGGGAUCAAGCAUCAGUCCAAGAAUGUUACAAGUAAUCUUUUUCUUUUGUGGCUUGGGCUGGCAAGAGUAAAAUAAUUUUGGCCAAUUAAUUCAUGCCAUGAAACCUCAUCUACUUCUGUAAUCUAUGAUCGUAUCUGUAUGGACUAUUUUUCAAUUCAAUUCGAUUCAAAUACAUUUAUUAAUCCGUUAGGAACAGUGCACAUUUUACAGUUAAUACUUUUGAUUCUUUUUAAAAUUGUGCUUCUUUGAUUGAUUUUAGCAUUUAGUUUCCUUAUAUAACAUUUCUAUGAUUGUAUUCUUGUAAUUAUAUGGCAGCUUAAGCAAAUUCGUGAAACAUGUAUGAAAAUGUAAUCUGUUGUUUGUUUUUAAGUAAAAUAAAGUAUAUUUCUUAAAUGGA